UCAUGACAUAUGUCCUUUUAAACUUGACAGCAUCAUCACAUCGUCUUUAUUGUCCUCUAUGACUACAGGAAGUGUGCAUGACUUCAUCUUCGAGCCUUAAGUAAGUACGACUCGGGGGUAUACGAGUAAGUAAUUACGACUCGGGAGUAUACGACUCUCUCGAAAGCGAGAGAUCCUUCCACGCUUAUUUUGGCCCUUGCUCCCUAGUGCCCGCCGUACGAAGGCAAGGCGGCGUCGCCCAGAUCACACAGAAGCACGCACACGGCCCGCGCAACAAACCACACGAUGAUAAGCACACACAGUGUCACACACGAGACGAUACACUCGUACACACACGGGUAGCAUGAAGCCAAGCACAAUCACAUCACCACACAGCACCCAAGCGACUGCGGCCCACAGCAUAGAUACACCACGGAUUAAAGCAGGGAUUGAAACCGAGGGAUACCUCGUGAGAAGUCAACAUGACCCGCACAUCCAUAAAAUGCCACAACCAUUCACACACGCAUAUCGGACAGCCAACAAGCGAACGCCCACAGAGUGAAUGCGCGCACCAUGACCAUGGCCGACGAAAAACCCAUCUAUCCAUGCCAGCAUGAAUAGCAUCAAAGGAGUGCAUCUGGAUGGGACUGAUCCAUCCCAUAUACGCUCUCAUGAAUGGAGCACUCGAAGUCAGACAGACAAACGCCCACGAAGAGAGAAACACAGGGAGGAGACGAAGAUCCCCACAGACAAAGAGAGCGAGAGGCAUGGCAGCCACACAGGACGGACAGCCGUGUAACAGACAGCCACACAAGAGACCGACAGGAAGAAGCGAUUGCAGGCGACGGACAGACAGCCAGACAGCCGGACAAGCACAGUACGAAUUAGCAAACGAACAACACGUAAGGGGGAAAAGUGAGACCCCACCUUUGUGCUUUGCCUGUCUCUGCUUUGAUCCAUUCUCUUUCUCGUUGCAAGAGAGCCCAACAGAGCCCCAACUAUCACACAGAUGAUCCACGCAAGCCUCAUAAAACCACAUAGGGGCACCCACAAUAAGCGUUCGCACGGCAUGAACGUCAGACAUGUCAGCAUGGCAGAUAAAGAACUCAUCCGUCCAUGCCCUAGCACCCACUCUGACAGCACGAGGUCAAACCAAGCCACAGCACCCAAGCGACUGCGACCCACUAGCAUAGAUACACUACGGAAUAAAAGGAAUUCUCUGUCCCUCAACUACAAUUGCCUCAGACAUUUUACGGGCAACCGCUAUAAAAGCGUACGCACGAUCAACCAACGCACGUACGGUACGGAUGCGUCCACCAUCUGGAUGGGACUGAUCCAUCCCAUACGCGCUCUCAUGAAUGGAACACUCGAAGUUAGACAGAUGGACGCCCGCCCACAGAGAGGGACAGGGAGGAGACGAAGAUCCCGGCAGACGAAGAGAGCGAGACACAUGGAGACGUACGAGACGGACAGCCUCGUAGCAGACAGCCACACAAGAGACCGACAGAAAGAAGCGAGCGCAGGCGACGGAGAGACAGCCAGACAGCCGGACAAGCACAGUACGAACCAGCAAACGAACAACACGUAAGGGGAAGAAGUGAGACCCCACUACGGAGUACCUGUGUUUUGCCUCGUGCCAAUCUCUCCUUUGCCCUGCCCCCGCGGCCAAGUAGCCAACACGAACCGCACGAUUACCCCCAGUAUGUUGACGGCCGACAACGCCAGAGCUGACAGUGUCAACGGAGGAACAGAGUCCGCCAGUGCCCCAUCGCCUCCACUCAAAAACAAGGUCAGAAGCUGCAUGCAGCGGCCAAAGAUAUACAACGCACAUACAUAGUCACGAUUGUCCUUCCCCUGUUUCGCUCUCACCUGAACGAUACAGAUCGGCACGUCGCCGACCAAUGACAGCAGCUCGAGAGAUGCGAACGCGUCACUUGCCACUGGGGUAGACAGGAAUGGCAAGUCUGCCAGCUUGGACCACAUGAUGUGAAGCACACCAAUGCUGAGUAACCACAGGCAAGGCACACACAAAUCAUACAUGAUGCGUCAUGUCUGCAUGUCUGCGUGCACCCUCACUGACCUGAAAAAUGACGCAAAGAACACCAGAACGAGGCCGGACCCUCUCUGUCCCUGCACCGUAUCUCCCUCCCCCUGCACCGUGUCUCCCUCCCACUCCCGAGAGAGGGAUUUCCUGCUCAGAGUGGCGUGCCACUCGUGAGAGAGGGAUUUCCUGCUCAGAGUGGCGUGCUUGCCACCACUGCUGCUGUGCUCCGUCUCGGCAUCUUGCCCCCCGCCACUCGAUUCAGCCGGAGGGGUAAAGCAAGGGACGGACUGGGUCUCGCAGGGCACUGCGCGGCGACUGUCGCUGAUAUCCUCUUCCGUGAGGAUGCACGUCUUGGUCGACUCUGACGGCUUGACAGAUGCGGCGCCAGAUUCCGUGGCGGAUGGUUCGUGCUGAUGAAGGGAGGGAGGGAAGACUGCUGCGGAAGAGAGCUCAGAUAUCGAGAAGGUUGGACAGUAGGACACGACGUCGUCCACAUCGCCGUCUUUGGGGCUAUCUCUAGGCCCGGCCGUGUGCAUGACGAUUGACGCAUCGAAGGUCACGGCUUUCUUGACGGGCACAAACGUUUCGGUGUCUGAGGGCGGCUUCUUGGGUAUUGUCGACGACCUCUCGAACCACCUUCGAUAAGUAGGAUUACGCAGGACCUGACAGCACACAUGCAUGCAACACAUGUGCACGGCGGCUACGCGCUUCACUCAUUUGCUGUCGCGUACCCAUGACAUGUUGUAUAUGACCACAGAUGCCUCAUUGAACAGCACGCGAGCCACAAACAAAGCCGCGCCGAUCCAAAACAAUAACCCAUUGUGGCCAAAGCGGAACAUAGACGCAACGAACAACACUGAAUAGAACAGACAGUCAGACAGAUACACAGACGUACACACGAUGAUCACGAUGACCCAUCUCUCCUUCUUGUUGUUGAACUCACCGUGAACAAUCGAUCCAAGGCCGGCGAUGACCGCUGCCAGCACCCGCCAAAUGACCGUCUGGCCAUUCUGCUUUCUACGAUGAAGCGCGUAGGCAAAUGCGACGAGCACAAUCGUCCACACAGCGAGGAGUAUCACAAACGGACGAAAGUCGAUCUGUGAACACAAAGAACGACAGAGGAGGCCAUUGGCAUGGAGCUGAUGCCUUUUUUUGGUCCUUUUUCCUACGUUAAAAGGGCAGCUCUGGCCAUAGCCCAUGCUCACAUUAGGCACCCGCAGCACGAGGAGCGCAAAUGUGCCGUAACGAGCGCGGUAGUGAUCCACGUUGCAAACAUACCCCUCCUCUGCAGUGCAGCCACAUCAAAACAGAAGCACAGCCGUGAGGGUCAGUCGGGGUGUAUUCACGGCAUUGUUUGCUUCGUGCCUGCACAAAAUGCAUACCGAUGAGCUGCUGAGGGCACUGACGGGGGCCACUGACACUGAUGGGGGCCGACUGGUCUGCAACCCAGCUUGUCACAUUCGCCCACAAGACACACUCGUUUACCACCGACUGAAACGCCUCGCACAGCGGAGUCAGCUGGCACUAGAAUCACGGACAGGCACACAAAAUCAAGGAGAUUCAACCACUCAGACUUUUUCCCGGACAUUGGCGGCCUGCAAUCAGGUGCACCACUCACCUGAAUCUGGCAGUCUCCUGGUGGGAAGUGCCAUCUGCACAUGACAACACAGAAGGAGCAUAACCAAUAGAUCCUCCCGACGCGGCCCACAUUCCUGUCUCUCUCUCACAUGAGCAGUGAUUGCAGAACUGUUGCGGUGUUCGGGUCUGGCUGCAGCCCGAUAUGGUAGCAACCGCAGUUCUCGACUGGCUCAUCCGCCUUGACCGCAUAGGGCAAUGAGACGUUGAGGAACGGAGGGAUACCCCGGUCCCCUCUGUGAUAACCCCGCUCCUCCUUGGUGCCUUUCUUGCCCAGGGCCCGUGAAUUUGCAUCGACUGGUAGGCCGAAAUACAGGGACGGGUCAGCAGGGGUCAUGUGCAUCCCGCCUGCGUCAAAAGGGGGCAUGUGGGCCGGAGGGAAUGGGGCGUCUGGCGGACCGCAGUCAUGGCCAUCCACAUCCCCACUAAUGACACCAGGCAUGCACACUCGCACACGGGUGUUGUCGAGGAGGAAGCACACGUUGCUGAGCAGUUUUCCCUCUCGGUCGGGGCUCGGGUAGCGGGGGUGGAAUGAGAAGCCUUCGCACUGGGAGAAAUCGAACACAGAAUGUCCAUUAGCACGUUCGUUGUGCAUUUGGUUGGGAUCUGUCUGUCGGGUCGCCCACCUGUGCAAUGGCGUGGCAGCGUGCAUGGCAGUCGUGGACGGUGGCGUUGUCUUUGUAGUCCCAUGCCUCUUGUCUUCGAAUACCGCCAUCGAUUGUGAGAAUAUUAUGCAUGAUCGCUCCGACACCAUACUGAUAACACGACGACACGAUCGAACCUGAUAGACAGACAGGCAGCCAGACAGACAGACGUGCAAAUACGCCGGCCGACACCCUCUCGCCGUCCGUCCCCUUCUCUGUCUGACUGACCUCUGUCACAGUCUGUGGAAUACUUGCUUCCCGAGACCACCACCUCCUCAUGGUUGCCUGCCGUGUCCACCCAUAUCGCCUCCUCCCUCCCCGCAUUCGACGUCUUGUAGUAGCACCCACCCCUCUCAUCAGACAAUUUGCCGUAGCUCCAGAACAAACACCGUUCGUCGUAUUGACAGCCCCUCUGACAGUCGCUGGUUCACACGAUGAAUGGAACCAACGAGAUGCAUGAAAACCGUGAGAGAGCGUGCUGCCUGCGCUUACUAGGGGCCUCUGAUGUUAAUGUUGGGUUGGGCGUCGUCGACGUCGUAUCCCCUGAAGAAUGUGUCCCAUUCCCAACACGUCGGCUCCUCGGGCAUCUUGAACACAUCGAAUGCUGAUUCAGAACCUUCAGAACCAUUGCCUCCCCCGUCUUGAAGCUCACGGACGCCUGCCAGAGGCCAGAUUCACACACUCUUACCAACAGACCACCAGAACGCUUGAUCGCUGCUUCCUACCGUUGACUGCCUGUAUGGCAAGCACAACACAAGCGCCAAAGAUCAAGCCAAAGAUAAGCCCAGCCGGCCGCAUCAAGCGCUGCAUCCUGCGCAUCCUCCACCCAAGUGCGGGAGGUCCGAGGAAGAUGCUGCUUGGGGGGGAUGCUGAUUGCGCUUCAGGAAGCCCUGUUGCC